CCAGACUUUGAGGGCGUAGACCACGACGAGGAGCUCCUUCUCGUUGGAUGGGUAGUUCAUUUCUGCGGGAAGGAGUUCCUUGCUGGCGAAUGCGAUGGGGUGCUCGCCGGGUGGGCAUUGGGAGUGAGUGGGGGAGUCCUUGAUGGAGGGGGUUUCUGCGGGGUCGGGGGGAAAGUGCUGGGAUAAGACGGCCCCGAUGGCAAAGUCGGAGGCAUCCGUGGUGACGAAGAAGUGGCGAGUGGGGUCGACGAUUUUGAGGACGGGGGCAGUGGUGAUGAGCUCCUUGAGUUUGUCAAAGGCGGCUUGGCGGCGGUCUGUCCAAGUGAAGGGUUCGGUGGCACGGGUGAGCUCAUGGAGAGGCGGAGACAAUUUGACCAAGGUAUUCUACGCUAGAGGCAGCAAAUGUGCAUUUGCUGAGCUUGGCGUGGAAUUUCUGGUCGCGGAGGAUGGCGAGAACUUGGCGGAGAUGAUCAAGGUGGGACUCGAAGGUGGGGCUGAAAACGAGGAUGUCGUCGAGGUAGAUCACGACACAGACUUUGAGGACGUCGCGGAAGAUGUGGUUCAUGGUGGAUUGGAAUGUGGCGGGGGCGUUGGUGAGACCGAAAGGCAUUCCGAGAAACUCGUAGUGCCCGAAGCGGGAGCGGAAGGCGGUCUUAUGGGUGUCCUCCUCGCGGAUGCGGAUCUGGUGGAAGCCACUGCGGAGAUCAAUCUUGGUGAAGUAUUUGGCUCCACGGAGGCGAUCAAGAAGUUCAGAUAUCCGGGGAAGCGGAUACUUGUUCUUGAUCGUGAUCCGGUUCAGGGCGCGGUAGUCUGUGCACAUGCGGAGUUUCUAGGUGUCGUUCUUCUUGACGAAUAGACAGCUGGUUCCGAAGGGGGAGGAGCUAGGCUUAAUGAAUCCUUUUUCAAGGA